UUAACGACAAAAUUUGACAGUUCUAAAAAUAAUUAUAUAAGAAUAUUUAUUUAAAUUAGUGAAUUGCCUGUAAAUCUAGAAAAGUCUCAAUAAAAUUCUUUUUUCUAGCAGUAAGAUAAAAUGCCCGUUCUAAAUAAAGUAACUCUUAGUACAGAAAGCCAAGAUAACGAGGGAGAUGAAGUUCCUCAAGAGACUGCAAAUCCUCCUACUACUGUUAACGAUAUCGACAUAAUUGAUCCAGAUACUUUAGAACUAGAUUUAAAUCAUGCCAGGAUCCUUAAGCUUCAAAACUUGGAACCGUUAACACAAAUCGAAAGGUUGUAUUUGAGAUGGAACUUUAUCACAAAAAUUGAAAAUUUGAGUACAUUAACCACUCUAAAGGAAUUGGAACUUUAUGAUAAUCAAAUUACAGUAAUUGAAGGUCUUGAUGCAUUAGUAAAUUUAGAAAUACUGGAUUUAUCUUUUAACAGAAUACGUGAAAUUGAAGGAUUGGAUAAUCUGUUAAAUUUAGAUAAACUGUUCCUGUCAUCUAACAAAAUAUCAAAAAUUCAAAACUUAAGCCAUCUGAGUAAAUUAACUUUAUUGGAACUUGGCGAUAAUAAAUUAAGGGAAAUUGAAAAUCUAGAAGGCUUGGUUGAACUGAAAUCUUUGUUUUUGGGAAAAAACAAAAUUACCAAAAUUGAAAACUUGAGUCAUCUUGAAAAACUGACUUGUCUAAGUUUACAAAGCAAUAGGUUAACAAACAUUGAGAAUUUAGACAAAUUCUCCGAACUUACAGAACUGUAUCUCUCUGAAAAUGGUAUAACAAAAAUUGAAAAUUUAAGUGAACUUAAAAAUUUAGAAACAUUGGACCUAGCACAAAAUCAAAUCACUGCUAUAGAGAAUAUUGAUGCUUUAGAAAACUUGACAGAGUUUUGGUUAAAUGAUAAUAAAGUUAAUGACUGGAACACUGUAAAUAACUUGUCAGCCAAUAAAAAGCUUGCUACAGUAUAUUUGGAGCGAAACCCGGUCGCAGAGGAUCCAAUGUACAGAAGAAAGUUAAAGCUGAUUGCUCCUUCCUUGGAACAAAUUGAUGCUACUUUAUGUCGUUAAAAUGUCACGCAAGUAUUCCAUAUUUUCCUAUAAUUUUUUGUCAUUAACGUCACCCAAGUAUUCCAUAUAUAUUUUAAUAUUUAUUGUCACACGACAACUUCACAAAGUGUGAAAGUUUAUCUAUAGCUUUGCACUAACAAAAAAUCUGUACAUUUAUGUGAUAGAAGAAAUAUCUAGACUUAGUCUAAGAAGUAUCUAGACUUGUUUUUUUUGUAAAUACUUAUAUGCUUAUUUUUUGUGAGAAUAAUAGAAUAAUUAUUCCUUAAUUUCAUAUAUUAUAGAUUCGAACAAAGGAUUUGAAUUUAAAAGUGUCAUGUUUAUUUUAUUAAUCAUUUGUUUCAAAAACAUCUUAAUAAAAUUAACUACUUCUUAAGUGGGUAAUAAAACUAUAUGUUGAGAGAUUGUACAAAUAGAUACUAAUGGGAAUAUUCAUCAAAGAUUAUUUUGUAAGUAGCAAGUUGUUAGGGCAGCAUUUAAUUUUUUUAUUUAUAUUUUUAUUACUAAAUAAAUCAAUAAUAGAUAUAAUUCGGAGUUAGAAUAAUCUGUAAUAUAUCUGUCAAAACUAAGAAUAAAUAAAAUGAUAAAAA